CGUCAUCACACUUUGGGUUUCCGCCCGGAGAGGCAGCAGCAACACUGUUUUUUUUCCAUGUUCAUUUCACGAGUCUACUUAAAAACAAGUCGGAGUGUGUUUUUUAAACGUGAUCCCCACGAGGAAUUAACAACACUUUGGACGAGUUAAACACGGAGUAACUUCUUCUCCUUUCCGACAUGACGUCAUUUGGAUGUUGUGUGUCGGCUGCCUUGUGUUCAUUUAAGCCGCUCUGAUGCUUGGCUGUUGCCGUGCCAGCCGCCAUCAUGUUCACAAAGAAGAAGAAGUCCCGCAUUCAGAUCUCGGCUCCGUGUAACUUUGAGCACCGCGUACACACAGACUUUGACGAGCACGAGCAGAAGUUUGUGGGCCUGCCGCGACAAUGGCAGUCGCUCAUCGAGGACACAGCCAAGAGGCCCAAGCCUUUCAUCGACAUCACCGUCAUCACCACCAUGGAGCCACACAAGACAAUAGUGCGGGGCAGCAAGCUGGGGGUGGAUGGCUCUCUGUCUUGGCUGCUGGAUGAGUUUGACACCAUGUCUGUGACUCGGUCCAACUCGCUGCGACGAGGGAGUCCUCCCGUCCUGCUUCGCAGGGACUCGUCUUCAGGAAAAGGUGGGCACGAGAACGGAGACCCCCACCAGCGACACCCCUCGCAGUCAGACAGAGACCCACCCAGACAAGACCACCAGAGCGGAGGUGACCCCCGCCACAGUCAGCGUUCUACUCAGCGAGAUGACGACAUCCACGGUCGAGCUCAGCAGCAGCCCCGCGGCCAAGAACCUAGCCGGGUCCGCAGAGACAGACCAGGUUCUGGUCCUCCCCCGCCGCCUCCUCACCGGGACAGAGCUCAUCGAGAUCGAGACCAGCAUCAAGGAGUUCGUCGUGAGCCCCAUGGUGAACACAGACCUAAGUCCAGCUACCAGGUGCGGGAUGGAAGUCCGCAGUCUCCAAGGGACAAGAGGCCUCUCUCUGGGCCCAACAUCCGCACCCCGAACCUGCCAGUGACCGACGGAGUGAUCAAGACCGCCCAACAGACCGCGCGGCCGUUCAACACGUACCCGAGGACGGAAAGUGAUGGAGGACGCAGCCCCACUGGGCCUCCGGUACGACAUCCUGAGUCUUCCCCUCAAAAUGGGCCGUCUAUCUCCCAAAGGGGUUCUUCCAACUCCAAGCCCCCUAUCAGCCACCUGCACCCUCACCACACUUCCUAUCCCAGCCUCAACCCUGAUGCCGCCCUGCACCCGCACUCCACACACCCUAACGUUCCAGCCCAGCGGCCGGCCCUGCCUUCUGGGCCGCCGCCAUCAAGUGCUCCGCCCCAGACGCUUUCCCCGCAGAGGGAGCCGCAGAGGGUUUCACAUGAGCAGUUCCGUGAGGCGCUACAGAUGGUUGUGGACCCGGGCGAUCCGCGCACAUACUUGGACGACUACAUCAAGAUCGGCGAGGGCUCCACGGGGAUCGUGUGCAUCGCCACCGUUAAGACGACGGGUAAACUUGUCGCUGUGAAAAAGAUGGACCUGAGGAAGCAACAGCGGAGAGAGCUUCUCUUCAACGAGGUGGUGAUCAUGAGAGACUACCACCAUGAGAACGUGGUGGAGAUGUACAACAGCUACCUGGUGGGAGACGAGCUCUGGGUUGUCAUGGAGUUCCUGGAGGGAGGGGCUCUUACUGACAUUGUGACACACACCAGGAUGAACGAGGAGCAGAUUGCCACCGUGUGUCUGUCUGUCCUAAAAGCCUUGUCCGUGCUGCACACGCAGGGGGUCAUCCACCGUGACAUCAAGAGCGACUCCAUCCUCCUCACGCACGACGGCCGGGUGAAGCUGUCAGACUUUGGCUUCUGCGCGCAGGUGUCGAAGGAUGUGCAGCGGAGGAAGUCUCUGGUCGGCACCCCUUACUGGAUGGCGCCCGAGCUCAUAUCCCGACUUCCUUAUGGACCCGAAGUGGACAUCUGGUCCCUGGGCAUCAUGGUCAUAGAGAUGGUAGAUGGGGAGCCGCCCUACUUUAAUGAGCCGCCGCUCAAAGCCAUGAAGAUGAUCCGAGACAAUCUGCCCCCCAAGCUGAAGAACCUGCACAAGGUGUCGCCCUUGCUCAAAGGCUUCCUGGACAGGAUGUUGGUGCGUGACCCGGCCCAGCGCGCCUCGGCCAGCGAGCUCCUUAAACACGCCUUCCUGACAAAGGCGGGACCGCCGUCCUGCAUCGUCCCACUCAUGAGGCAGAACAGGCUGAAAUGAGGCAACAACUGAGGUCAGAGGUCACGGACUACUUUCACUAACUGGACACUGCAAGGAGCAAAGUGGGCCUACCUUUUUUCUACUGUGGGGGAGUGUGUUCCCUGGAUACUGAGCAAUAAUUUGGUGUGUGUGUGCACGCGCGCGUGAGUGAGUCUGAGCGUUAAGGAGAAAGAGAGCAUGUGACCUGCCUGACCUGGAACUUUUUUAUGACUUUUAUUUGGACCUCACUUGAAUUUUUAAGUGUGAAGGAGCCACGUGUUGAUUUUUUUAGAGACCACUUGUCCAAACGCCCCCCAAUCUUGACUACUGAGGGACAAUGAUGAGUCCAGGUGUGCCCCUGGUGGAAACAAGCAAAAAUGAAGUCAAAGGUAAACACUGGAGUCUUGUGUGCUUGUGUGAGUAUGACAAUGGAGAGAGAAAUCUAUUAUUAUCACUGUCACAUUUUUACCUUGAUCAUUUACUUUACAACCUGAUGAUGAUGAUUUUUGAAGCACUGUCAACACAUUUUUAGAAACUUUUUAGAUCACACAUUUUCUACAAAAUAAAUGGAUGGGCUCAAGAAUCUAUCAAUUUAGGAUGUGACGACAUUAAGCAAACUCACUUUACAGACGGUGCUUUUGUUGUUUUUCGACAAGGAAACUUUAUUUUAUACCAAACAAAACCAGCGUGGGUGGAUUAUGUAGCGACUUGUUUUUGUUUAAAUACACUAGCUGUGCUUUUUACUUUUGUAGCAGGUGUCAACAAGCUGGUACUUCCUAGUUCACUUUAACCAGCAGGGGGCAGCGACUGCCACGACCUGUCCCCUCUUGGCCGCAAGAGAAAAGAUAGUCCUUUGCGGGGCAUGGAUGUGGGUGAACGUUUGACUUUUACCCCCCCAAACACUAACUGAGAAGAAUGUGUGCUUUGUGCUUUUGUUUGUAGGCUCGUGAGUGAAGCGACAAUCAGCUGCACUUGGAAGAGUGUGUGUUGUGACGAUGAACACUAUCCUUUUUGGCAGUCGUUAGACACUAAAACCAAAUACUCUGAAUUCUCCAAACUAGAAAAAAGAGCAAGGACCUUUGUCAAGGGCUAGCCAGUGUUGCCAGAUGAGAAAUGACAAAAAUAAUCGCAACAAAAACUUUAAAUGAUCGUAGUUUGAGGAAAAAUAUCCCACAUUACAGUAAAACAUUAGCAUGGUGUGUAAAGUAUAGUUCAUAAUGCAGAUUUACCUUUAAAGAGGUCGUACUAGGAUUUUUUUUUUACGACAUUUAAAACACAUCCUUGCAUACAUAACCUGUAAUAGUCGUUCUUUCUUCAAAAUAUUGUAUAGAUUGUUUUACAGUCCAUUAUCAAGCCGCUUUCUGACGGUCUCUUCAUGAUGCACCAUUUUGUGGGUGGUCUUAUUUAGGUGCCUCCACUUGGACAGCGUUUUCUGCCCGUCUUCCAUGUUGUAGCUUUUAGCACUUCGAUAUGGAGUCUACUGACAGAUAUACAUCGGAACUAUACGCUACUUUGUUUUAGAAAUGGCAACAGCGGGUGAUGCAUGUGCAUCAGUCUGCCCCACAACAAUAAGAUAGCGGGGAAAAAAAAUAUGGCGUAAAUCUCUAACAUAUAUAGAGAUAUCUGCUGACGUCACAUAUUGGGAAAAUUCCAAACAUUUCAUUUGGAGAAAGCAAAAUAGUUUUAUAGAUAUGUCCGCCAUACAUCCAUGGUGCUGAUCCCAAACUAAGGUGUCUCUGGCAGAACAGCACCCUCACCUGGCUGUUACACAAUGCACAACAUCAGGCGCAUCUGUUUGCUUGCAGCAGUGUAUUGAAAGUGUCAAUUUAUCUGACAUUAUUUUUGUAAUUAUUGAUUGUACAGUCAGCAAAAAUACGAAUGCAAUAAUUAUCAGACAUCUGGCAACGCCGAAGCUAGCCUAAUAGUUGGACCUGUAAUAUGGGUAAUGCUUGAUUCACUACAAAACUAAGUGAACAGAAAAUGAAUUCCUCUUUCAGCACCUUUGUCCAGAUCUGCACCACAAUCAAUUUACGUAAUCUUCCCCCUUCAAUUUUGUUGUUGUGUAAUCCCAUUAUAUACAUAAACUGCGGAUGUCCGUAAUUUUCCAUACAGAAAAUGGAAUGCUGCCGAGGCCAUUUUCAUAACUUUUCUACAUCCUAUCUAUUGUAGGUACAUUUAUGCUAGGCUAUCUGAACAGAAUAUAGCCUACACAUCGCGGCUUGGUGAAAUAAAGGAUUAAAAACACAUUUAAUUGUUUUCAAUAUGCUGAGGGCCCCGUAACAAAAAGGUGCGGGCUAAAAGUGUCCCUCGGGAUCGCACUUUUGACAACCCUGACAUAAACAGAUGUAAUGACUGCGUGACUUCCUUGUUCUUGCUAACAAGAACAGCGCAACGCUCUACUGUAGUUGGUGCCUGGGCUAGCUAACAUUGGCGACUAGUUUCAAGUCACAAGUUGCACCGCUAUGACAACUGUCACUACUUGAUCUGUACGUUAAGAUCACCGUAUCCAACUUGUUUUACGGCUGUUAUUUUCCUGUGCGCCGUCACUGUGGCCAUGGUUUUCUUUUUUGUAGUCUUUAUCUGAAUAGCAAUGUCCUAUAAAAGAUUACAUGCAAAACAAACGUUACCUAAGAAUACAGUAUUUUUUUUUUGGAAACCGCACAGAAACCCAAAUAAUCGGCUCAGCAGCCUUAAAUGGCAAAUCAAUUGAUUUAAGUUACAGUAGGUAAGUAAUCAGCAUUUUAAAAAAAAUACUUGUGGCAAAUACUUGUUCAUGUGCAUAUUAUUAUCCCCUAAGUAAGCUGUUUGUUCUGUGCAAAAAAGUAAUAAAACGUUCAAAAUAUCACAAAACAUGACGUCGCAAAAACUUGAGAAAUUGCAAGUCUAGGGAGAGACGUGGUUUUCGCGCAUGCGUGUACCAAUCGUGUCUUAUGGUACCGAUUGUGUAGUGACACUCUUUUCCAGGGACAAGACGACGUCCCAAGUCUGUUGAAACACCCGUAGAGUUUAUUUUAUUUUUUUGUUUGUUUACCUUCAUCCUUUGCCAACGAGUAACGUGUGGAUUGCUAGUAGGGUUUCAGUGCCUUGCGUGGCGGCGUCUUCUUGAAAUGAACGGUUCUGCUUGUUGGCGGCGGCGGGCCAUCUUCCUGUGUAAAUACUCACCAUGUUGUUUGUGUACACUUUGCUAGCUGACGUCAUCGUCAGCGCCAUCUUGUGUUGUCACUGGGAUUGAUUGUCAAGAAAAUAAAAAGACUUUGCUUUGGAAA